AUGAAGUUGGGUUUAUCACUCUCUGUCUCUAGUGCUCUCUUGGGAAAAGUUCUCAACAAAUUUGACAUAGACACGGUUGACUCAGUCAUGGAAACAAUCAAUGCCGUAAUGAGAUUUCCAAGGGGAUUGUCCUUAGCUUCAACUACCUACAUCGAGGGCUUGCCACCUUUGCAACUUUCUCAUGAUGCUGAUUCACGUGCUAAGUCCUUAGGUUUGGAUGUUGGCUUGCUGCACAAAUUGAUCUCUGUUUCAAGUGCAGAAGAUUCGAGAAAAGUCUCCGACUUGCAACUCAAAAUUGCUCUAUGCAAAAUUCUGCAUGCUCGUGUUUUGCAUUCUGUUGCAAAUACUGGGCUAAUGGAUAAAGCUUCUUUUGAGAUAUUGGAUCAAAUAUAUUUUGAAUUGGCGAGAAACUGGAUGGAGAUGAAGUUUCAAGUAAAAACAAAGGCCGAAGCUCUUUCUGGGAUAUACAAAUUUCGUACCCGUGAUUUCAAAAUUGACAAUGUCAUGGAAGUAGAUAUAUCUGCCCUUGCCAAGUACUUCCCAAAUGAUAGUUUCUCAGAGUGGCAAGUUUAUCUGGCUGAUGAUGAUAUGAAGCUUAUGACACAAACUGACCACGAUGAAGAAAGUUUGGAGGAUGAUUGGGACUUGAUACAGGAGCAUCUGGAUUAUAUAUAUAGCACACAUAAUGAGUUAUUUGGUUUCUGUGAUCUCUCUGAAAAGUCUUCUGCCAGUAAAUACAACUUUUACAAGGACUUCAAUGGUCCUGAGAUGGGGAAAAUGGUUGAGUUUCUCGCUGCACUUCAACGAAAAAUUUAUUCUCUACUGCAAGAACAGGAGGACCAUCCUGGUCUUCAGAAACUGUCUGAUCUGCUUCGAAUGCUCCUGGAUAUUCCAUCAAGUACUCCUCUGGCAAAGGCUCUUUCAGGAUUGCAAUUUCUGCUUUGCAAGAUUCAGAAGUUACAGGAAGAAGGAUGUAAAUUGCCCAUCUCUGAUCUUUUGGAGCCAAUUAUUUCUCUCGCAAGCUCGUGGCAGAAGGUGGAAUUUGAGCGCUGGCCUACAUUACUUGAUGAGGUUCAGGUGCAGUAUGAACUAAACGCUGGGAAGUUGUGGCUUCCUUUGUUUUCAGUUCUUUUCCAGAAGGAUUGUGUUGAAAUUUCAGAACUUGAAAAUGAGUCUAUUUCACAAAGUUUGGUGGAGUUCAUUGAAACAUCAAAUAUUGGUGAAUUCUGGAGACGUCUUCAGCUUCUCUUUUGCUUCCUUCUUCAAUUAAGUAUGGGUAGCUCGUUGGGGAUAUAUUCAAGUGAUUCACACAAGACCAAGGUGGAAAUUUGCUACAAUAUUUUUGGAUUCUAUAUUCAGUUCCUACCGGUUGUAAUGGAACAGUUAGAUAUGAAUAGAAAGAAUGUUGAAGCUGAGUUAAAGGAGGUUCUAAAACUUUGUCGGUGGGAGAGGCCCGAUAAUUAUCUGUCCAUUGAAUCCACUAGAAGAACCAGGCAAAAGGUCAAGAAGCUGAUACAGAAGUUUACUGAUAUGCUGCGGCUCCCGGUUAUGCUUGUUAGGCCAACCCUCACAAAGGAACGAGCCCAAUUGCUCCCUCUUAUUGGUCCAGAUCUUUUGAAUGUAGCAUCCGACAUGAGUAUCAAGGAAUUGGUAGGAAGCUUACACCAAGAAAAGCAUCGUAAAACAUUGCUGAUGGGUGAAGAGCGUCAGUAUUCUUCCCCUGUCUAUCAGGGUGAUUGGAAAAUUUUGUGGAGUACAGUUGCUACGAUUGGUGAAAGGAUAUCUGGCUGUUCAGAUCUAUGGAGAAACAACGACAGAGAUGUUGCAAAAAAGAGGGCCCUGCCUGCACUUCUCAAUUUAUUAGAUGAUAGUGGUUUGCAGAAACACAAGUUUGAAAAUGUAGAGAUGUCAAAUCACUUUAAAGGGUUGCUUUAUCAGCCAGCAUACGAUCCAAAGCAUCUGUUCCUACUAACACAUACCAAAAGUAGCAUACAUCCUUCCAGGGUUGUGGAAGAUCAAAACAAGGAAAAUUCACUGGUGGAGUGGAGAGCGGCGAAUGAGUUUUAUUUUAAGAGCUUGGCUUCAGUGCAACUUGUGUUAAAUAUUGACCUCAAACGUUACAUCGGAGCAGCAAAAUUACUGGGGGAUUCAGUUGAGGGGAACAGAAAGGAUGAUUCUGCGUUGAGUUUUCCACAAAAUCAGCAUGCUAUCUUCAAUUGCUUGUGGCUACAGAAGAAACUCUUUGAUAACAUUACUGCAAUGCUUCUUGAGGAGUUGGCAUUGCUGAGAACAAUUGGAAGUACACACUUAUACUCCUGUCAAACUGUGAAAGCCUCAUCACGUAGUUUGCUCAGCUUAAUAGAAAAGCUAAUUCUCAUCGCACAAAAUUCGAAGGCUUCACUGGAUAGGCUUCUACUUGAUUCCAACGGUUUUAUCAUCACACCAAGUAGCUGUCUUCAUCAGUUUGUCACACAGCAUAUGGUUCAGCUGCUACGCCUGAACUUUGAUCAGCUUACGGACCUUGAGAAUCAAAUUUCGAUUCUCUGUGAAGACAAUGAGAAAAGCUAUGCUAGAGAUGUUCUUCUUAGUCAUUUUUCCCCCGUGUUCAAAGAGGGGAAAUUGCUGGCUGAGAAUCUGAACUGUUUACUUAAAAUGAGAGACCAGUCAACUGGAAUGGAACCCAAUGAACCUUUAGUGUUUGAAGAAAAUCUUGCAAAUACGUUUGCAAAUGUUUUUAUAAAGAUUUGCUCAUAUAAAGACGGAAAUGUUUCUCAAGAAGAGGAAGCGAAUAUUACUACAUGGGAUGGUCUGUUUAAGAAAGCAUUUGGUUCCAUCGAACAACUGUUGAACUCAUCGGGCGUCCUUUCCGUGUCAUUGAUAACCCAUGUCCUUGCAAUUGUUCUUGCCGAUCUAUUUACAAAAGGAUUUGGCAUCUCCAAAAACGAUGAAGAUGAUGGCUCUAAAGCUGACAAAUCAGAAGCUGCAGAAGGUACUGGUAUGGGAGAUGGUGUGGGGAAAAAAGAUGUAGUGACCAAAUUGAAGAUGACGAUCAACUGCCGAUGA